CAGUGUUGUCCGCUAAAUAGAACAUGUACAAUUGUUAUGAAUAUAGUGAUAUACUCUUUGUUGCUAGAACUCGUAAGUAUUUCCAUUUCCUUGUUUACAGAGGAAUGAAGAAAACGUUUUGCCAUAUGAUUUUUGCAGUGUAUUUGCUUAUUUCGCAUCUCAUCGUGUAAAUCAAUAGUUGCGAGGUAAAAUUUUCACCAAACAACAGUGUCCUUGCGCUGUUUUAACUGCAUCCAUUUGCGGACAAUAAAGAACACUGUCAGAGAUCUUGCUUGACUUGUUUUCGGUUUCGUCUGGUUGAUGUCAGUGAUGGCCAUCAGCUGUGGGUCUGGAUGUUGAAUUUUGUGUUGAUAGGCGUCCGUCGAUGUAGGUAAACAAUGGCCGCAGAAAAUGUAGGGGAUUCGGCCGCAGACAAGCGACACGUUUACAAGACAGCAGAAUCGCUUUAUAAACUCGGUGUAGCUGCUGUUGUAAAUAAUUAUUCUACUUUUAAAGACGAAAUACGUUCAUUGCCUGCCAGCCUUCUGUUUGAUUUAUAUUACAAGUUAUACCAAGAUCAAACACUCUGUUUGCUGAAUCUCGAGUUCACGGAUAUCGAUGUGUUUUCAACAAUGUUAAAAGUUUCGAAUAAAAGACUGCAGCUGCUAAGAAGUUUCCAGGCUCUGAUGGACCACAGUAGAAGGAUUACAAAAGACUUAACUGCUGCUUAUAUACGUAAAUGUAACAGUGUCCAGUUAGAUCCUUCAUCUCGGGAAAAUGUGAUUGAUCUAGGUCUCAGAUUAGGUAACUUCCUUGGUGAUGCGGGAUGGUAUGCUGAGAGUGAAAAAGUGCUGGUAACCUGUAGAGACAUUUGUUAUAUGUCUGAUGGGUCUAUUUAUUGCAUCCAGAAACUGCUGGAAUGUUGUCACAAAUUACUUCAUACGCAAGCGGCUUUUUACAAUUUUGAUGGUGCAGAGCAGACGUUUCAACUUGCUUACAGUUUAGUCCAAGAGCUAAGGAAGACAGAUAACACCACAAAUCUUGCAGGAUUAUUUACGGAGUUUUCUGUCUUGUAUUUCUCAAGAAGUGAAUAUGCUGAGGCAUAUCGGUGGAGCAUAGACGCAUUACAUCAGGCAGCAUGUGGUGUUCCCGUUCACGUAAUAGUGGAUGUACUGCGGCAGGUUGCGAAAUCUUGUGUUGUGAAACGAGAGUUUAAGAAAGCAGGACUUCUCUCUCGUCAGUCGGUUUAUCUUGCUAGGGAAGUGUUUGGUGUCAAACAUCCCAAAUACUCAGAUGCUUUAAGUGAUUACGCAUUUUUUCUUCUGAACUUUGACCUUGUUCGACCAAGCGUUGAUGUAUUUACGAUGGCACUGAAAAUCCGACAGGAGUUAUUUGGAGAAAAUAAUCUUCACGUUGCUAUAGCCCAUGAGGAUUUAGCGUACGCUCUGUAUGUUCACGAGUACAGCUCUGGCAGGUUCGGACUGGCUAGGGAACAUGCAAAUAUUGCAAUCCAGAUAAUGCAGAACAUUCUCCCAGAAGAUCAUCUGAUGUUGGCAUCAGUGAAGAGGGUCAAAGCUCUGGUCUUGGAAGAAAUAGCACUCGAUGGACUUUUAUCCAGCUCUGGUAUGCAGGAAUUACUAGCUGAAGCAGAAGAGCUUCAUUUGUCAGCGUUGAAAUUAUCCCUUGCUACUUUUGGUGAAAAGAAUGUGCAAACUGCUAAACACUUUGGGAAUCUGGGCCGUCUCUACCAGAGCAUGAAGAAGUUUGAAGAAGCAGAAACAAUGCAUUUAAAGGCAAUAGCCAUAAAAGAAGAGCUAUUAGGAGAAGAUGAUUAUGAAGUUGGUUUGUCUAUAGGUCAUCUUGCUAGCCUGUAUAAUUAUCACAUGAAGAAGUACAAAAAAGCUGAAGCACUUUACAAGCGAUCUAUUGACAUCAGUUUAAAGCUGUUUGGUGAAAGUUAUUCCGGCCUGGAAUAUGAUUACAGAGGUCUCGUGCAUGUAUAUCAUGAACUUAAAGAAGUUGACAAAGUUGCUGACUACACAUACUUAUUGAACAACUGGAAGCUUCAUAGAGAUAUCACAUCCCAGACAGAAUAUGAACCUAUUGACACCGAUGGUGAAGUUCUUUCAAUAAGUGAUAUCACAGCACAGUUUUUCCAGCCUAACUGAAUUAAGUGUCAUGUUUGAGUGUAAUACUCUAUCAAAAAAAUUAACCUCCUUCCAUAGGAAGGAGCAUUGUGCCACAGCUUUAAGUGUUUUGUGAUUCACACAGAAUUCACAAGUACCUGGACACAAAGAGUAUAUACUGCCAUUCCUUCACAUGUGCAUUAUGUGGAUAGAUCGCUUUGUCCUUUUUUUAAUUUAAAAGAACAUGUUUUAUGUUGUUUUGUAUUAUUUUAAAAUGUUUACUUUUUAUGUUAAUUGUGGCAAAGAUACUCCAUUCAAAGCUUGCUGUCAAGUUAUUGUUAAUAAAACUGGUAGUAAUCUGUUACACUUAGGCGCUGGUGUCGUACCCCACGUUACGUAUGUUGUUGUUUUAAAAUUGUCAUGUACAUACUUGAGAAUGUUUAAUGUUGCGACAAUUGUCUGCAACUUUUUGCAUUUAUAUAAUUUCAUUUGUGAAACGCUGUAUAAAGAAUGCCAGUAAUAUUUGCUGGUCUUUUACUCUUAGUUGUGAUGUUUUAUAUCUUUUAAUAUGUAAGAUGCAUGCUAGUCAAUAGUUCAUUUUGAGAAACCACGUGUCCAGUAUUGAUGUGAUGUGCACAAGGAGCCAUGAAAUAAUGUCUGUGUAUGGUACUUCCCUUUUAUAUAAAUUAUCUGACCAAGGCAGAGUUGUGACAGUUCAUUUCAUGUUUGAGUUCAUUAUUAUAGUGAAAUUGUAUUUCCAUCUUGUUCUCCCUCUCCACUUCUCUCUCUUUUGUUUUCCUCACCUCCUGUCUGUUUUAAAACCCUAUCCCCCCACCCCCUUUAAAAUUAACUUAUUUGCAAUUUUAGACUGUUUUUAGUAAAUAAAAGAAAACUUGAGGUAACAAUAAAAUUCAGCAUAAAGGAUGUAACCAUGACGCCUGAUACAAACUUUUCAAACCAAUGCCUUGAACUCGAGUACCCCAUAGCGAUUUUAUUGAUUCAUCUCUACGGUGAAUGUUGACAAGUCUUCAUUCCAGAACUACGAAUCGUGUCAUAGCCGUACUUCCAUUAUUUAAGUAUGUAUACAUUGUCUACAUUUAUGGAAACUGAUUGUUAGUCUCUUCUUCAUUGCAGAGUAAUUUGCCAUGAAAAUACCAGAACAAAAAUUAGGAGCUUUUGUACUUUGGUAGAGCAGACUGUGAACAGCUAUCUAUUGUAUAUUUUUUUUCAGUUGUUUGUGGUUGAGUUAACAGUGUCUUUAACAAUUUUUUAGUAAUUCCAUGACUAAAGUUUUGGUCGUGGUCCUGCAGUAAGAAUUAUUACUGCUUUACAUCUUCAUUUUUUGGCAUAACCAUGUCUGCUAUUUAUUGCGUGCAGUCAUCACUGCGGCCAUUCUCUGCUGUGGAGAGAAUUUGUACAUUCUCAUGUGUUUUAACGAUCAGCUCUUUGUCAGCUUUGUUUAAAUUGAAAAAUUUAAUCAUCGUGUUUCAUUGAUCAACAUGGACAACUGUUUUCUUCAGUGUCAUCCGUUUUAAUAAGACUUCAGCAUUUAUUUGUUCCAGAAGUAAAUUUAUCAACUUCACAGUAGUUGUACCAAUAUUUUUCUAGUAAAUGAAUAAAUCCUGAAAUAUCAUUAAAUGGGAUGGAGGUUUUAGUACUUGCACCUGUUCAGGAGAUGUCCAAGGUUCGAACAUUUAAUGGAGGACAUGGAAAAACUGUUGAAAGUAUUUCUAUAGCAAUGAUAUUUGCAGAGGAUCGUGGGAAUUGCCCAUUCAGGAGGUCGUGCAGUGCAAAAAGAGUUGAAUUUUAACCAAUAGUCAGACUUUUUGCAGCAACUGCAGCUCCUAAUUGUGUUUGGUUUUGAUUUUUGUUAUGUCUCUUAAUUCGUUAGUGAGACACAAAUUUCCUUGCAUAUAUGAUGCAGGCAUAUGCACACUGUCAUAACCAAAAGGAAUGGAGGGAACUUAUAAAAGAAAAGAAUUACAUAUGAAACAGUAAUAACAAAAUUGUUCAUGCAGAAAAAAAAAAGGGGGGGCACAGGCAAAUUGAUGUGACUGGAAAAAACUAAAGCAAGAUAGCAGAAAGUGGAAAUUUGACAAUUAUAUUUUGAGAUCAUGGUCAGCUAUAGAGCUGUUAGAAAUUAACAGUUUGGAACUGGAGCACAUAUUGUUAAAGGUAAGUCAUGAAGACUGGAACAACAACACAAGAAACGGCAACCAUUAGGAAUUUUAUUUGGCUACAACAGAAACACUUCUUCUCAUUUCUGUUCACAAAUUUCCUUUAAUGUGAAACAUUAAAUGUAAGAUAAUCUGUGCACUAUAUCACUUUUGUUAAUUUUUUAGUCUUGUAUAGAUGUUUGUGAAAUUAAAUCAGUGAUGGUAUCUCUUUUGUAGACAUACAUUCUAAAGCAUGUAUUUAAGAAUGUAUAGCUUGUUGAUAUGUUAUGCAGCCUCGCUAAGAAUUUUUUUCCUGGGGAGCUCUCUAAUGUAGUGGCAGUUUUACAUACCUCAGCAAAUAGGAAUGUGACAUUUCUUUAAUAUUACACCAAGUACUUCUUGUUAGGGAGUAAAUUUGUGAAAUGUCAUGUGAUUAUCUAAUUUUCUUGUAAUUUUGUCUUUGCAUGAUCUCGCAAUCAUUUUUAAAUAUACAAAGUUUCACAUUCUUUUUAUGCCCUCAGUCAGUUCCCGUUAUGAGAGACAGAGAUGAUGAUAUUGUCAGUUUUUGGCGCACGCGCGCGCGCACACACACACACACACACACACACACACACACACACACACACACACACACACACACACACACCUAAUACAUCAUGUAUUAUGGCCUGCCUACAUAUAUAGUUUUGUUAUCUUUAUUCAGAACCAUAGACUAUUGUCCAUUCUUUUUUGUUAUGCUGUAUGAUGUGUUUUGAAAAUCUUGAUUCUUUUUGCACUAUAGGUUGAGCUCUGUUACUGCAUAAUUUGAUCUUGUAUCAUAAUUUUUCUUUUGAGAAAGAACCUAAUAACACUUUUGAUAACAUGUUUGGUCACUGUAUCAUUUUCUAUUCCAUAGAAAUAUUUCCUUACUAUAUUGUUGAAGUUGCAUGUGUCUCAAUAGUACUCCUUAACAUGACCUUUAGUUUUAUGUUAAAGGACACUUGUUGGUGACAGCCUUCAUUUUCAUGUAAAAGUGUGAUUUUUAAUACCUUCUCCACAAUAGAUAUUUAAAAGAUACUUCCUUUUGCUCAUUUUUAUAUGUGACAAUUUUCUUCUUCUUCUUUUCCUCUUUUAACCUUUUUUAUGUUGGAUUUUUUGGUCAGUUUAUAUAUUGCCUAGCUUAAUCUCUUACAGUGAGGUACAUCGUAGAAAUUUCCAUUUCAGUUACAAUAUUUUGUCCUAAUACUGUGUAGUUUGUGUUACUGGGGGUGUGAGAUGAUACACAAUAUGUGCUGCAUUUUGAAUAAGUACAAAGAAUUCAUAGAGCUGUGGAAAGGAGUAUUGGAUAGUUAUGAAACAAGGGCAAUCUGUCAGAUUCAGUAAUUAAGGGACUGCUGCUGGUGAAGAGACAAUGGCUGGGAAGUAUAACAACUUGCCUAAUAAGAUAAUGAAGGAUAGUUAAAAUUAUAGGGAUUGACUGGUAAAUAAUGGGGAUAAGAAACCACUGCAACCGGGCAUAAUGUUGAGAUAAGACUCAAUUGCUUUCGUUUUCUACAUUUUUUUCUCCUUGACUUCUUUAAAUCCAGGUGACUUAUGUACUGUUACUUCCUUCCCUUUUCUUCUCAUUGCACUCUGUAAUUGUGUGUGUAAUGUUAUAAAUCAUUUGAAACAUGUCUUUGGAGGGUGCAACAGUGUUUAUUUUUUUUAAAAUAUUCCUGUUUUCAUAGUUGGUAGAUGUUUAAUAUCUUCCACAACCUUUGAGGAAGUGUCAGCAUUUGAAACAGUAUUUACUUGACCAGCUUAUUAUAAAAAAAAUUCUGUUAUUAAGAUGAGGCAUUGCAUUUACCUAUCAAAUGUUCUUGGAGUAUUUGUUCUGUAAAUGUAUUGACUUUUUUCACAUUCUGGAUAGCCAAUUAUAAAGUCUUGUUUUAUAUUAUAUGUGGAUUUCACUUUUAUAAAAAUGAGCACCUUGAUAUUUAGGAGAGUUAUGUAUGGGUUUUGUGUUCAUGUUCAAACAAAUAACUAAUGGGGUUUGCUUUUCUGUACAUGCCUAAAGGUGCCAGAACAUUUUACAGCUGAACCAUAUGUUUCUUUUAGUAAAGUAACAAUUGUAGUGAUCAAAAAUUAGAGCAGAGUUAAUGAAGUCGUGAUCUUAGUGAAUGGACCAGAAUUCUCAUAACUUACCUGCUUUUGGCUGUGUUCAUGGAUGUUAUGCUCUGAGAUGUUUUAACAUUGCAUGAUAAGUAUGUCCAAGACUAUUUCCAAUGUUAUUGUAUUCAUAAAUAGUAAUAUUUCCCAUGAAGCUAUUAUGUAAUAUAUAUUUUAAUAAUUAUGUUGAGCAACAUUUGUAAAGUAGUUCUUAAAUUAAGAAUAAAAAGUCUGAGUUCCUCACUUUUUUUAAUAUGUGGGUUUAGUUUCUACAACUGAAUCUCUGUUUUGGAACUGAAGCUUUAUCGAAACGAGUUUUGUUUGUGAGUGGGGUUACAAAAGGAAGCAAUUAAAAAUGUUGUUAAACUUUCAUCUAUGUGUAAUAUGUGUUGUAGAAAUACGGAAUAUUGUUUUCUUUUGUUAAGUAGUUGUGAACAUCAUGUAUAGGAAUCAUUUUUAAAAAAUUAAAUAUUUUAGUUCUGUUA